UUUCAGACAUCUGCAUUGUCAAUUUGUGUUGUUCCUAAGGGGUCUCUUGCUUUGGGAAAACAAAUCCACAUCUCUUUGCAACAAUAUUUUCAAUAUAGUGCCCCCCGAAAUUAUCAAAAAACUACAACGGUCUCUACCGGUAGCUAUUAUUUUGAAAUGAAUGGUAUCUUCUCUUCGUCGUGCGGAGCUUGACACCUGAUGACCGAGCGAGUCGCUUCUUUUGUGGUGAAGUCGUUAGGGACACAGCGGGACUGGGGCGCAUCCUCGGCCAAGUAAAACUUAGACUAAUUCACAGUUUGAGGUGAAUUUUGAUCUUCUGCCCUCGGGAUUGAUCAGUUUAUAAUUUCCAUAGAGCUGCCGACAGGUGAGUAUGUGUUAUACCGCUCAUUUCUUUCAACAGUUAAACUAUAACUUGGUGUGAUUCACCGAGGAACUGAAUACAAUGAACUGCAGUUGUGAACUAAUUUUAGUUCCCGUGUAGCCAUGUACAGUAUGCUAAUACUCUUCAUUUGAGGAUUUUAUUCUGGCAUUUAUAAAAAAGUCUACUUAUUUUUGUGCCCUUUUUGUUUAACAGCUUUGGGAACUACAUGUAUUGUUGUUAUAUGGGAUUACUGACAGACUAUUAUUCCUAAUAUUCCUGAAACAUGUAAAUUCAUUUAUGGUUUACCUGUUUACUGUGACUUAUGCAGUGGUGGAAAGUAUAUAAAACAUUUACUCACGUCAUGUACCUGAGUAAGUAAGUAAGUUGAGGUUCUUUACUUGGAUAUUUGUAUUUUCUUGUACUAUAGACUUCUACUCCACUACAUCGCAGAAGCAAUUAUUGUACUUUUCACUCCAUUCCUUAUCUGACAGCUUGCAGAUUCAGUUUAACAAUACAGAAUAUAAUCAACAAAUAAACUGUGAUAUUAUAGCAUUAUGGUCUUAUUGGUCCCCAAGGGUAAAUGCACAAGCUGCCUAGCAGUAUGUAAAGACAUUAACAAAGUAAAUUUAGCUCCAUAUUUAAGUAACGAACACAUGACUAUAUCAGUAAUUAUUAACCAAUAAUCCAAUAUCCAUGACCACAGCCCCGUCCCAUCGCAGAUGCUGGCUUUUCAACUUUGUGCUGAAAACAAUCUAUAUGGUCCUUUUGCUCUUCAGCCCAGAUGAUUUAAGAAAACAAACCAAAAAAACUAAACAUGGGCUCGUCAGAUCACAGCACACUUUCCCUCUUUGCAUCAGUCCAUCUCAGAUAAGUUUGGGCUCAGAGAAUUCAGCAGUGUUUCUGGAUGUUGUUGAUGUAUGGCUUUCACUUUGCAUGGUUGAGUCUUUUCAGUUGUAGAUGCAGCCAUCAACCAUCCUGAGCUGAUGUAGCAAUGUCCUUUACGCUAUCAGCAGAAUGGACCUGCUGCCUGACGUAUGGAGGGAGGACUUCUGGCUUCCUGCAGGUUUGACCUGGAAAGACAUGGAACAGCUUGCAGAUUCUGACCGACCACUACCCAGGGACCUUCUCAUAGCUCUGCCCCUCGCGUUGGGCUUUGUUGCCCUGCGCUACGUGUUUGAAAGGUUUUUUGCCCCACCCAUGGGCAGAUGUUUGGGGGUAAAGAAUAGAUUACAUGUGACUGCUACCCCCUCCCCUAAGCUGGAGUCGUUUUACACCCAGAGGAGCAGACAGCCGACACAGAGUGAAAUUGUUAGUUUGAUGACGCUGUGCGGCAAAACCCAGAGGCAGAUUGAGACCUGGUUCAGACUUCGUAGGAACCAAGACAGGCCCUGUCAAACCAAGAAGUUUGGGGAAGCUGCUUGGAGGUUUAUUUUCUACUUCACCGCCUUCAUUGCUGGACUUGCCUGUCUGAUUGAUACACCAUGGUUCUGGGACCGAAGGGAAUGUUGGAGCCAUUAUCCAGUUCAGCCCAUUGAGAGAGCCCAUUACUGGUACUACAUGCUAGAGUUGGGUUUUUAUGGCUCUUUGUUCCUCCGGAUCUCUGUGGACAUCAAGAGGAAGGAUUUUAAAGAACAGGUGAUUCAUCAUUUGGCUACCAUCUUCCUGCUCAGUUUCUCCUACUGUGCCAACUACAUUCGUAUCGGCACCUUGGUCAUGCUGCUGCAUGACUCCUCUGACAUACUGCUCGAGUCUGCCAAGAUGUUCAACUAUGGCACUGGUUGGAGGAAAACCUGUGACAUGCUGUUUGUUGUGUUUGCUGUGGUCUUCCUUGUGACUCGACUGGUGAUUUUUCCCACAAAAAUCCUCCAUACCACCCUGGUGCUGUCCGUGGAGGUCUUUGAACCAUUUGUCGGCUACUACUUUUUCAAUGUCCUGCUGAUGGUGCUGCAGGCUCUUCACGUUUUCUGGGCUGGUUUAAUCUUGCGCAUGGUUUAUAAGUUCCUGAAAGGCAAGUUAGAAAAAGAUGAACGCAGUGAUGAAGAGAGCGAGGUUGAAGAAGAUGGAGACGAAAAAGGAGGAGAGGAAGAUACGGACCAAGGAGAUUAUUGUUGGGAGAGAAGUAAAGACCAACUGAACUCAAAACUAUCAAUGCUAACCAACAGCUGUGUCCUAAAUAACUUGACCAACCACAGGGCAUCUGUGUCCGACAGGAUGCGUAAAGCUCAGUAAAGGCUUGAUGAUUUUCUGUUGUUUUUUUUACUUAAGUCCCAGUUUUUGUAUUGUUACAUUAAAAAAGAAAAUGAUAUGAUGGAUGGGACCAUUUUGCCAGUUUACUACAGUUUAUGUAUGUUGAUGCAGUUUUGCAACUGUAGCUAAGUGAAAUGGAGUGUUAUCAUCAGUCUUUGUAAAAUAUCGACAUAGCAGAGGAUAGUUUCGAUCUAUCGACCUCUGGGUUAUGGGCCCAGCACGCUUCCGCUGCGCCACUCUGCUAAGCACCCCAGAUGGGACUCGAACCCACAAUCCCUGGCUUAGGAGGCCAGUGCCUUAUCCAUUAGGCCACUGGGGCUGUUGUAGGACCCCGGGUAGGUGGGGGUCCGCUUGUUGUGGUGGGGGCAGACUGUUUUUUACUGUUAACAGAGCACAUGUUUGAAACAAAAAAACGAUUUUAACUGAGAAAUAGCAUUAUAACAAAACAAAAAAUGUAAACCUAGAUAGCUACUGUGUGACCAAGGACUUCUUUAGAGGGACUUUUAUAAGUGUUUUUAAAAAAAUAUUGUACAGUAAUGAAAUUACCACAAAACAUGCAGUAGACAUUUAAUUAAAGGAAAUAAAGUCA